AAGAAAACACAUAUUAAAAAAACAAAAAUAAAAAUCGCAUCCUACGGCACCAAAAACGAUCGCAGUAAGUCCAAUCAAAUGGAGGGGGCACCGGCCGGCGGCGAUGAUGUCUCUCCGGCCACGGCUAUCUCCCGGUGGAGUUUCAGAGUGUCGCAGCGGUACCAGCAUCUGCUCGACAAGUCGACCCCGCACGUGCUCAACCGCUGGGUCGCCUUCCUCUUUGUCGCCUCUGUCUACGUCCUCCGCGUUUACCUCAUCCAAGGGUUCUACAUCGUUUCGUACGGCCUCGGAAUCUACAUUCUUAACCUCCUCAUAGGGUUUCUCUCUCCCCAGGUGGACCCCGAGAUCCAGGACCUCUCCGAGGGCCCCUCGCUACCGACACGUGGCUCCGAUGAAUUCCGCCCCUUCGUUCGUCGGCUUCCGGAAUUUAAGUUCUGGUACUCUAUCACAAAGGCAUUUUGCAUUGCUUUUGUGAUGACAUUUUUCAGCGCAUUUGAUGUACCUGUGUUCUGGCCAAUACUGCUUUUCUACUGGCUGUCACUCUUCAUUCUCACCAUGAGGCGACAAAUAACGCACAUGAUUAAAUACAAAUAUGUUCCAUUCUCACUCGGAAAGCAGCGGUAUGAUGGAAAGAGAGCAUCGCCAACUGAAAGCUCAAGCCUUCCUACAGAUUGAUUGAUUCAGUGGAAACUUUCGGAGAAUGUGUUUACAACUAGAUUCGGAGUCAUGGAUGAUUGUUCAUUUUCCCUUGAUUUUUUCCAAGCUUCUGUAUGCCUCCUGGAAAUCUAUUGUUGGGGAGAUGAAGUAGUUCAUGAAACCUUUUUUCCUUUUUGCUCAUAGUAUAAUUAUCCUCAUGUAUAGAAGGCACAUGCUACAUUCCCGUUGCUGAGAUUUUUAAAAUCUAGCAGCAUAUGUUUCACAGAGCCUUUGCUGUGAGGAAUGAGUCUAGCUUCGCAAUUGGGUUAAUUCAAAUUUAGAUUAAACUGUACUUUUUUCCUGCAUUUACUUGAACUUCCCUUUUCUAUUAUGCAGUGCAUUUUCAACAGUAUAGUUACAUAAAUUUUCUUA